AUGCCCAAAUAUGCGAAAUUUCUUAAGGACCUUCUUAAAGAGAAGUUAGGGGAGUUGUCCAAUGUCCCGUUGAAUGGGGGAUGUUCCGCCGUUAUGUUAAAUAAGCUUCCCGAAAAGCUUACCGAUCCCGGUAUUUUUACCAUUCCUUGUCUAUUCGGUAGUAAUACCAACAGUAGAGCUUUAGCCGACUUAGGUGCUAGCGUCAAUUUGAUGCCCUUUUCUCUUUAUGAGAAGCUAGACCUAGGAGAGCUUGCACCUACCCGAAUGACAUUGUCCUUAGUUGAUCUGGCCAUUAAAUACCCUAGGGGUAUAGUUGAGAACUUGCUAGUUAAAGUAGACAAAUUCGUGUUUCCCGCUGAGUUCAUAACUCUUGAUUUGGAAGCGGAUGAGAGAGUCCCCAUUAUACUAGGUCGUCCAUUCUUACGUACCGCUAUGGCUCUCAUAGAUGUUUACGAUGGUAAGAUCACCCUUAGGGUCGGUGAGGAGAGAGUUACAUUUGAGAUAGAGCGUUCCAUGAACCACCCGAGUGGUUCGGAUGACUAUAACGGUCCUUGUCAUUCCUACAUUAGUGGAGUGGACCUAGUGGUAGGAGAGAGGGUAGAUGAGGAGGUGAAGAGUGUAGAUGAAGUCGAAGAAGAGGGGAUUCCUUUAAUUCCCGAAGUCUUAGCCAUUAGUGAGGACACCACCCAACCCCCACCCUUAGAGCUUAAGGUACUUCCAUCUCAUCUAGAGUAUGCUUUCUUAGGGGAGGGUUCCGAGCUACCCGUCAUUAUAUCGUCGAAGUUAGAAGAGGGAGAGAAGUUAAGGUUGUUAGAGGUUUUGAGGGCCAAUAGAGAGGCCAUUGCAUGGAGGUUUUCCGACAUCAAGGGCAUAAGCCCUUCUGAUUACACUCACCGGAUACUCAUGGAGGAUGAUUUCAAACCGGUGGUGCAACCCCAAAAGAAGGCUUAA